AUGAAUUCUCAAAGUAAUUUAAUGAAUGAAAUUUCAAAAGUAAAAUCUAGGUUAAAAAAUGUUGAAACUAUUGUUACAAAUGAAAAUGGGAAUGUGAGUGUUGAAGCAAGAAAUAACGAAGGAUGUUUUUUUAAAGUAAGAGAAGACAACGCUAAAAAAAGAGAGGGUUUUGUAGUUGAUUUAAAACCUGAUUUUGAGAUUGCAAAAGUUACAGAUCAUAUUUUUCUUGGAAGUCAAGAUGUAGCUAUGAAUGAACAUCUUUUAAAAGAAAAUAAUAUUACUCAUAUUAUCAAUGUAUCCAUAGAUGUACCUAAUUAUUUUCCGGACAAGAUUGUUUAUUUGAAAUUACAAAUGUAUGAUCGACCUGACACUAAUUUAAAUGAUUAUAUAACAUGUAUCAAUAAUUUUAUUAAUGAAACAAUUGCAAAUUUUGAUAAUCCAAGAAUUUUUAUACAUUGUAAUGCUGGAAUUUCCAGAAGUGUUUCGGUCACAAUUGCUUACUUAAUGUUAUCUUGUGGAAUGUCAUAUAAUGAAGCAUACGAAAAAAUUAAGAAAGUAAGAAAGAAUGCCAGACCAAAUGAUGGUUUUGUGAAUCAAUUAAAAAACCUUCAAAAGUAG